AUGGUUGCCCCCACUCCCCAGUGCAAGCCCCGCCUCGGCCUCUUCCAACAACAAUCCGCAAGUACUCAGCAAGCCUCCCCAAAGUCGCUCCCCGACUGCGCAUCCACCCUUUUUGAAAGUCACCACCGACGUUCCAGCACGCCUGUAGCUGCUGCCACCGCCGCGCCCAUCUCUCUCCGCGCCCACCUCGAGGCCGCCAUCUCCAACCCGUCGUCUUCGUACGCACAAGCCAACCUCCUCCGACAACUCCAGUCCACCUUGGCUGCCGUCCGUCCCUCCCCUCCCCACGUCCACGCCGCCGCCGCCGCCGUUGCCCCCGCCAACAGCCCGGCCCCUGCCACGCCCGCCCAGCCCACGUUUGCCCGAGUGCCCAGCAUCACCCCCGCCGCUGUUGCUUCCGCGCUCGCCGCUGCUGCCGCUGGUCGUCGUCACACUCUGUCCUCCUCCUCCUCUGCCUCGCCCGCUGCCGCCACGAUCAACUCGUUGACGCCAGCUCAGAAGCAACGACUGGAACAGAUCAGGCACUACCAACAGCUCAUCGCUCAGCUUAACGCCACGAUGCCCGCUGCUGCUACUUCUGCCGCUGACACGUCGGUCUCGGCGCUGCUGCCCUUUGAGGCGCGCGCCGCAGACCCAGCUCACGCCGCCGAGGACUUCCUCUCUUCACCAGACUGGACCGACCCCUCGCCGGCGCUGACCGACUCGAUGUCGUUUGAGAUCGACUCGUGCGGACCCAGUCCGCUGCUGCCCCUCGACAGCUACGACGACGAUUUCGGAGUGCCCGGCAUUGCCGGCGCUCCGCUCUUCCCUCCCCAGGACGGCUACGCCUCGUCCAACGUCAGCCCGCUCGAGCUCGCCAGCCACGACUUUGGCGUCCACACGGCCGGCGACUUUGGCGCGCCCGAGAUGGGCAGCGACUUUAGCCUCUUCCCCGACGCCAAGCCCACCAAGCUUCCCGUCGAGAUGGCCUUCAGCAAGCUCGGCAAGCCCGCUGCCGGUAGCGCCUCGUCGACCGAGGACCCGGCGCUCACUCUGCUCCGCGCGCUCAGCAGCGCGGCGCUCUCGAGCUCGGCGACCACGGCGGCUACCAGCGUCGCCACCUCGACGCCUUCGGCACCGGCGCUCACCGCCUCGCCGCUGGCAUUCACGUCGAUGGCCGCCCCCCUCGCUCCGGCGCCGGCUCCCGUCUCGGCUGCUCCUGUGCUGGCUCCUGCGCCCGCGCCCGCAGCCCAGUCUACCCCGGCCCCGGCUGCCCCACGCUCGGAGUCGAGCUCGCCCGACGCUAUGGACCGCCGCACCUCGACGUCUUCCAACAAGACCGAGGCUCGUGGCACCAAGCGUCGACUCGACACGACCGACCUGCUUCCGCUGGAUGCGCCCAUCCAGAAGCGCAACUACUACACGGUCUCGGCCACCUCGCGACGCGACACUGCCGCUGAGGCCGACGAGUUUGCCGAGGAGGAGGCGGCGAUCCGACGCGAAAAGGACCCGCGCGUCGCCAAGCGUCUGUCGAACACGCUCGCCGCACGACGAUCGCGCCACCGCAAGGCGGAGGAGCUGCGUCUGCUGCACGAGAAGAUCGAGGCGCUGUCGGGCGAGGUCGAGUCGUGGAAGCGACGCUGCGAGCUCGCCGAGCGCGAGCGCGACGAGGCCCGUGGCCUGCUCGGCUGA